CGACACUGCGAACGGGAGCGCACAUAGUGAAUGGGAUGACCAUUUGGGAAUAUAUAAUCUGCUCCAUACAAUGAUACAUUUCGAAGGAGCGUUCUCUACUCGAGGUGUUUUAUUUGAACGUGACGCUUAAACUAGAGAAACGGUAAACUGAAAUCUGAUUUGGAAUAUUUCCAUGAAAUAAGGAACCUGUUUGCCGUCAUUUUCAAUAGUUUUCAUCAUUUUUACUACAAAGUGAAGUGAACACAUUAUCAAUAGCUGUAAAGCGAUCUACACUGUUCAACUGGGAAUUUAGUGGCGCCCGGCCAAUCGAAACAGAGAUGCUUGUGAUUGGACCGAAGGUUAAUUGUGUUACAUAAUUUUGCCCGAGGGAAUUUCAAUACGGACUUGUGACCGGCUAUAGCUACCAUCCAUCAGCUAGUUACCUUCGAACAGCUUUUCAAUCAAUGUUCAAAUUUCCAUCAGUGCGGGAGCCGGGUCAUAGUGCACCAUGAACUCUGGAGGUCGGGUGUGCUGGCGGGGAGUCUCGACAGAGAGUCUUCAACCGAGACCGUGUCAUUGCGACGGCCGAGAUCCACCGCCGUUCGAUUUGGUCUUUCCAAGUUCCGCGGGUGCAGAAUACUCAACUGUGGCGCCCUCAACGUGGGCCAACGAUUCUCUGUUACCAGGGCAGACGACAGCGCUGCCGACACGAGAGUGGAGAACGGGCGGUGGUGGUGGUGGUGACAUUGCGACCAUCUCUUCAUCAGAGAAACCAGGAGGGAAUGUAGCAGCCAGCAUGCACCCGAGAUCCGUCAAGCUGCUGAUAGGUGCAAGCAUCACGCUCUUCAUCAUCAUCCUCUUUCUGGGAUGUCUUUUGUACUGCUUCACGAAAAAGAAGAAAAAGAAACGACAAUAUGAUGUCCAACGGCGUGGACCUGACGGAUGCGAGGCUGACCGAGUCCCCUACGACGUUCCCGCGACUAACCACCAACCGGACAGCAAGAACGCGUUCCCUCUUUUGCAGAUCGACGAACCUUCCCAUCCGAACAAUGAAAUACCAACAACACGAGACGCUAUAUCAGGUACUGACUCACCAUUCGUUGUCAGAAACUUUCCUGUGUUGAGAAAAGUUAAAUCUGCUGUUGUAGGCAUCGGGUCACCGAAAAAAGUCACAAGACCGGUCAGUCGGCAUGACUCCACAGCUCCACUCGUCGAACACCAAGCAUCCAUUUUCCGCGAUCGAUGGAAAGAUAAAUCGCGAACAGCGGCAGACGAUAUCGACGCUAACCGUUUAUCGGCAGACAGUGAUAAUUCUGAUGUAAGGCAUCCCGAUCGAUUAACGACGUUGAAUGAGAACGAUGUGAACGUACCAAAUGGCAAGCUACCCACCAAGUUAGAGACACUUCCAUCGAGGAUGUAUCCUGCACAGAGUGUGAUGGAGACUCCAUCGAGCAAAAGAUCCAAUAAGAGACCAGAUUCAUCAACACCUUUAUUCGAUAGCGAUUCAAUAUCAAGUUCAGAAGCAUGACGAAGUAUAUUGACUGCUCUCGUGAAGGCUACUUUACACAUUACAAACUGUUUACGACUGUAUUUUGAAGUAGAAAAAUAUCAAUUGGAUUGAAUAUUACAUUUAAAGAUAUAGAUUACUUCUUUUUCUUAGAGAGGUUUUGAAUUGUCCAAUAAAUCGGUAGUCGUGACACCUAUUUACGGUCGCACCUGAUCGGCCGAUUUCGCAAAGGGGAAUGAUAUAAUAUCCCUUAAUUCCAGUGUUUUAUUCAUAUCACGAAGCGGGACCUCAGCCGGAACAAAACCACCCCAAAAAAUUAUAAUCACAUUUUGAAGUUUUAAUUCUAUUUAAUGUCUUACAAAAUUCGGUCGUAAUCAGGUCUUAAAGAUAGUGUGGGAUGCCUCAAUGUGCUCGGUGAGACUGCAAUAAAUCAUUGGAAAACAAGAAUAAUGUCAAGAUCAACAUUAUUUAUUGAUAAAGUACAAAUAUCAUAAAGAACUAAUUUGAAAUGAAUGCAAUAUUUUACACAUUUCAAAUACAUGUAAGCCUAUUUAUUUAUUUUCUAGCUAUGUGUAGCUUAACUGUGACGGACUCAAAUGAUUCACACUGUUAGCUAUUGUUAUGACUAUUGGUCAUUUAAGAUAAAGUUGAGUUCUGGUCAUUCAAUAAUUGUAAUGUGAAAGAAAUCAGGUGGAAGCGAUUGGAAAGUUUGAUCAUACAGUACAUAAGUAUUGGUAAUACUGUGUGGUUUUGGAAUCAUGAAGUUAUAAGAAAUUGGCCCAUUCUUGCUAAGAGUCACAUGCACUGUAUACAAAGAAAAGUGCAUACGCGAUUACAUUAAGAUGCGGCAUGAAAUUGUGGUUCAUAACCUUUAGCUGUCUUGUCAUAUUUCGAAAAUGAUGGUAUUUGAAGAGCCAUCCUUUUUAAUGGACAUUCUUCCUGUGAUAUCCUUCUAAACUAACAUAAAAAGAAAGAAAAAUAUCACGAAUUAUGUUUCACCUUUCCCAGAACUCAACCUUCUCUUUUAAAAAGCGUGCGUUGAGCAGGUAGGCAUAUCAAAGAGGAUUGUUGAUGAAUAUACAAAGUGGGAAAUGUAGGAUUAUGAAAUUGGUAGGAAAUCUCAGUUAUUCACGAUCAAAAUAUAGCCUCGAACAGCUUAGAAGGUCCGACUUUGAGGAACCGCGGUACCGUAUGUCACUCACUGUGUUGUUCGUGCUCUGCCUGUACAUCAUCACUGCUGUGAUAUAUUAUACACCUUUUUUUAAACACGGAGUUACUGUGCCUGCAAAUGCUACAAUUCACAAGUAAAAUUGGAUGCAGAAAUUGAAAGCCCGCGUCAAUUUUCGUACAACACACCCUUUUCACUGUAUUGCCUUAUCUGUUUGGAACAAUUGCACCCAUGUCAUACGAAACCAAAGACGACAUAUCCGUGAUGAGUAAUACCUUUAUAUCACCUUGCAAGGGAUGGACUUGUGCACCGGCGACAAUUGCUUCGAUUUCUUGACACAAAGGAAAUGUUUUACUUGUACACCUUGGGGCCGUUCCUUGAAACCGUCUUAAGUCUAACUUCUUAGACAUCCCAUUGGAACGUGUGUUAUAUCAGGGAUGUCCCCGAACUUAAACUUAUGGCGGUUUCGAGAAAAUGACCCCUUAACUCUAACCCUGUAUCUAACCCCAACACUAAAACUAAACCUAAUUUAAAAACCAAUUGCAUCUGUAAACCCUAAACGUGUUUUUUUACCAAAUGAAUCCCGGAGCAAAUGUCGCAGGAGCACAAUUUAAUGUCGCAUCAACACUUAACUUACCUCGUCCAUUAGUGUCUUAUAACCGUUGCACAUUGCGUCAUUUAUACUGCGUUAAAACAUGCGCCAAUCACUCUUGCGAGGUCAGUUAAUGCAUACGUCAGUAAUUCAACGCAAUGGUUUCACUCUUCAUUUAUAAUACCACCGUUUUCUUUAAUGACGGCACACUCAUAUUGUGCGUCAAAGAUCACUAGCCGAUGGCGCAGUCUUACGUCAUUUGUGACGCCUCGGGUGCAACGGGCAUCCCUCAUAGGGUAUUUGUAGCAUUUCACGUAAUAUGUAAAUCAGGUGGUAGUUCAAAAAAUCGGGCAUUCACCUGGCAAUUGUUGCUCACCUACAGAUAAUUUUCUGAAAUAAGUUUCGAUUCUAUUAGGCAUAAUACCGUAGGUGUAUCGCCUCAUUGCAUUGUAGCGUAUUGUUUUUAAGAAACCUUGUAUUUUUGAACGCGUCAAUGGAAACUCACAAUGGACGAAGAAGAUACAUUUGAUGAUAAAAGCUUGCAACUCAAAUAAUUAAUCAAGGCGCUAUACCGUGUAUUAUAACUGCUGACAAUGAAUUAAUUCACUAGUAUACGCUUCCGAGGAGCAUUACAGCCAAACUCGAUUUUACAGGCGCUCACAAUUAUGUUCUCAUCCUAUACCGGGUUAUGAUAAUUAAAAUACCCGCGUUACAUUUGGACAGCGCAUACUGAUUAUAAUUCUAUGCGCAUUGCAAUUAAAUGAAAUCAGUUUACAUCAAUACAACACUUUUUCGAGAAAAGGUAUGUCUCCAGUACUGUCUUAAAGGUAUCAAAAAUAAAUAUUUACCCGUUUAACACAUAUUUACUUACGGAACAAAUUCAAUUUGUAGACAGCCACAUAUCUGUUUUUCAAUUUUUAUAUAUGAACGUUUGUAAAACCACUGUCUUUAUCGCAAGGAAGAGAAUACAACAUGGAGUCAAACCUGCUUUAGUGUUUGAUCAAAGCUGUUACGACUUAAGGCAGUAUCAUUCAUAACGUAUCUACCUUUGACGGAUCAGGCAUUUGCUCAAUUGUUAUCAUCUGUAAAGCGUUGUUUUGCUUGUAAAUAUUUUGUCACUAUUUAUUACAAAUAGAUAAUUAUCUAUCUUUGAAAAGAGUUAUCCUUUUAUAAGAACGGCCGAGAGAAAUAUUUUUCAGCUUUGUAAUUAAAGUUAAAAAAUGACGUGCCUUUAUGAAUUAUGAUUAUUAUGCUGAUUUUCAUUCGGUUAGAGACGAAAAUAAUCAACUUUAAACCAA